UUAGAGGGGAGAGCAGAAGAGAGAAAGGGUGUGGGGGCGAGAGAGCUGAUGGAAUAUGUCGGCCAUUUUUUGGAUUCAUCUUCAAGAUACAUAUCAACGUGGCGGCCGUGCCCUGACGACAGACUAGCAGCCAAGUGCGAAAACUAACGCCCUCUUUCUUUCUGAUAUAUAGCUUCUGAAAAAACUACAACGACAUCAGAAAAUCUAAGGGUUUGGAAUCUUUGGAUCCAUAUUAGUCAUAUUUUAGAUAGGUUAAAUUCUUUGCCAUGGAAGGAGAUUACUGCUGCUCUUCGUCGUCUUCUUCCUCAACGUCCAUGAGCAUGGAGAAGCGCAAGCAUCCCGAUCACCACCAAGAAAAGCAGUACAGAGGAAUAAGGAUGAGGAAGUGGGGGAAGUGGGUGGCGGAGAUUCGAGAACCCAACAAGCGCUCUCGAAUUUGGCUCGGCUCCUACACGACCCCCGUUGCCGCCGCCCGAGCGUACGACACCGCCGUUUUCUAUCUGCGAGGCCCUUCUGCCCGCCUCAACUUCCCGGAACUUGUUUUCCAAGACGACGGCCAGCAGCCCCACGACAUGUCGGCGGCUUCGAUAAGGAAGAAGGCGACGGAGGUUGGGGCUAAGGUCGACGCUGCCCAAACCGCUCUCCACUCAUCGCCGACGUCUCCAUCCAAAACGGCGUCGAGCCGGGGUGGCUCUCAGAAGCCCGACUUAAAUGAGUACCCAGACCCAGAAAACUCCGAUGAAAGUUAAUAGAACAGAACAGAGCUUUAGGGAUGAGGCCGACCGAUCACCAACUGUUCAUAAUAUUUAUCUUAAUUUCUAGCUCUUUUGUCUUCUUCUUUUUAGAUGUUUUUUUUUAAUUUUUUUUUAUGGCGUUUGGGUUUUGAUAUUUAUAUAUCUUAGUUGAUAUGAAUAGGUAAUUAGGUGACUGUGUGUGCAAUAAAGUGAAAAUACAGAGGAGGUAUUAUUGGGUCCGAUCAGGAAAUGGAAUCAAAAGAAUUCCGUUUGAUUGGUAAUUUGUUAUAGUUUCUCAAUUGUAACAACAACAAACCAGCUGAAAGGCUAUCAAUAUUGUUUCCUUUCUUGAA